AUCUCUCUAGCUCUCCUUGUCUCUCUCUCUCUCAGUCACCGGAAAGCUUACUCCAACGUACAUCUCCGGCUUCAGAUUCCUCAAAACCGAAUCGGAAAUGGCGAAAGGAGGAAACAAACUGAUGAAGCUAAAAUCAGUUCUGAAGAAGCUCAAUUCAUUCAACACGAAGCCCAACCAUCUACCGGCUCCGGCCAAUCACGGCCGAUCCUCCGCCGUGAAUGCAUUUCCCUCAGAAGACCUUCACACCGUCUACGUCGGCAGAACACGACGGCCGUACCACGUGAGCUCCGACGUCGUGAGCCAUCCACUCUUCCAGCAGCUAGCGGCGGUGGAUGGUGGAUGCGGCGGCGAUGACGGUUCGAUCGCCGUGUCGUGCGAAGUUGUCUUGUUUGAGCAUUUGCUUUGGAUGCUUGAGAAUGCCGACGCUGACGAGUCACGCCCCGAGUCCGUCCACGAACUCGUCGAGUUCUACGCCUGUUGACACUUAAUUUAUUGAUUUAGGUGCAAAACGUAUAAUGAUUUAUGUUUGUAUAUUCUAUACUUUGUAUACUUUACACAGCCUUCAUUAUUUUUUUUCUUUCUUUUCAACAACCAAUAAA